AUGCCGCCGUCGCCGGCAGGCAGUACCCAAACCCUAACCCCACAGCACGUCGCCGAUAGCCAGCCAGCAAUGGAAAAUCUCCCCGAUGAAUUGCUCGCGGACAUCCUCCGCAGUUUUCCUCCACGGAGUCUCGCGGUGUGCCGGAGCGUCUGCAAGCACUGGUGCGCUGUCGUCGAUGCCCGCGGGCUGCUCCUCGCGGUCGCGCGUCAAGUUCCGUGCUCUCUGCACGGCAUCUACGUUAACUACGCCAUGAUGCGAAGGUCCAGAUUCUUCUCCCGCGUCGCUCCGCGGACUACUAGCCCAAUCGAUGGCAUGCUCAGUUUCCUGCCUGGCCAGCUGAUGCGCUAUCGUAGCGUCCUGGACCACCGCAACGGUCUCCUCCUGUACGAAAACAGUCAGGGGAUGUAUGUGUGCAACCCAGCGACACGACGGUGGGCGACCCUGUCGGAGCCGCCGCGCACGGAAACUUCCUACAGCCACCUGUUUUUCUACCGCCAUCGUAUGUACCUAAUGUUCGAUCCAACUAUGUCUCUGCACUACAAUGUAUUAUUCUUCCCUGAUGUGCCUGAGAAGCCAAAGCCACCCCAUCUUCAACCUGGUGAGUCACAAAUUUCAAGAGCAGAUUACGAGCAUGAGCGUAACUCUUUGGGAUCAAUGGAAUGGCCACCAUACAUCUACCCACUGCAAGUGUUCUCGUCAAAAACUGGGCGGUGGGAAGAGAAACAAUUUAUUCGUGAAGGUGAUGCAGCAGUUACUGUGUCGGAUGUGUGGUUAGAUGCAUUGGCACCAAGUAGCAGCCGCAACUCGCUUCAACGACAUGCAGUCCACUGGCGAGCUUCGUUUUAUGUACAUUGUGACUCUGGUUUCAUCAUGAGGUUGUCAUUGGAAAAACAAAACUAUCUAGUGAUCAAAACCCCCAAACUAGAUACCACUGGGUUUGGUGUCGAUGCAACUGGGCGCGAGACACAUCUUACGACAUACGGGUAUUUGGGUAAAUCCAAGCAUGGUGUCUAUUACACCACUUUGUGUGGAUACACACUUCAAGUGUGGGUAUUGUGCGAAACAUUAGAAUCAUGUCAAACACCGGAGUGGGAGCUGAAGCAUCAAGCUAACCUUACAAAUUUAAAUCUACACCAUGACCAACACUUAAGAGGAGAAAGGUAUGAAAAGUGCUGGAUCUUAAAUGGUCGGAGUGAAGAAUCCGAGCAUGGAUGGGAUUCUAGUGAUGACAGUGCCAUUGAUUUAGAAGGAGGGUCGGACAUGGAUUACAAAGAUUAUCACUUUGCCGUGGACUUCUUGGGAUACCAUCCUUACAAAGAAAUUGCUUUCUUGGGCAACCGCUUUCAAGGAUUUGCUUACUAUCUGGAAAACUCCAAGUUAAAGUACUUGGGAUCACCUUAUCCACCAUACCUAGGCAACCGUGAUUAUGGUUUGCGACCCAUACUCGAGUCAUUCAUCUACACUCCUUGCAUGGAUGAUCUGCUUCCUAUUCAGAAUGAUGCAAUGAUGAGCUGA